AAUAUCCAAGGUAUGCUGAUCAAAUAUUCAAAAAAAAAAAUGGAUACAGUUGUUCAAACAACGAGCAAUUAUAAUUUGCGACCUUGAAAAUUUCAAAACCAUUUUCGAUCUAGUUAUUGAUCAAAAAUGUUAUGUUUUAGAGAUAACUUUAUACUUUCUGGUCGAAAAUGUUUCAAAUUCAUUUUCGCUAUUCCUAUUUGUCUUUAUUUGAUGUACAGAUUUCUUAUGAUUGAAAAACAUGAUGAUAAUCCAAUCAAAAAAUGUUUUGAACAUUCAAAUAAUCCAGUCGACAUUGAUUUUAACCAUAGUAAAUUGGCAAUGGAUGGACUCAAAACUAAUCAUAUGAAAUUAUUAUUAAUUUCUGAGGCACGAAGCGGUUCAACUUUUUUAGGUGAUUUAUUACACCAUGCAAUUGAAUCCAGUUACUAUAGUUUUGAACCACUUGUUGGCGUCCAACGCAAUCCAUACAACUAUGAACAAAUCAUUGAAGAUAUUUUCAGCUGUCGAUUUGAUCUACGUUCAUAUCUAAAACCGCUGUACUGGAAGAUUCAAUAUAUGAAAUGGAAUCAUUUGCUACUAAAAGCGAUUGGUCCAAAUCAACAUGAAAAUAAUAUUCAUUUGUUCAACAAGACCAUUCAUCAAAUAACAUGUCAAUACAGUUCGGCAAUAAUUAUCAAAACCAUACGUUUUACAAUGAAACAUUUGUCUUCUUUAAUGCUCUCUAAAUCAAUGACUAAUAUAAAGGUAAUCUUUCUCGUAAGAGAUCCUAGAGCUGUAAUGAGUUCUAGAUAUAAAUUAUCAUGGUGUCAUCAUAGUGAAAAUUGUACCGAUUCUCGUGUAUUAUGUGAUCGUAUUCAGGCUAAUAUAGAGUCUUUGAAAAUGAUGAAAAAUUUAAUGAAUAACAUAUCAAUCGUAUUAGUACGUUAUGAAGAUUUAAUUGGUGAUAUUUGGCAAGCAACAGGUAAAUUACUCAAAUUCUUAGAAAUCGUUCCUACCUAUUCACUUGAUCAAUGGAUAAAAAAACAUACAUCAACUGAUGAUGUACUACUAAAUCCACAUUCAACUUAUAGAAAUAUCAAAUCACAGCAGAAAAUUGGAUGGAGAGAAAAUCUUUCAUAUGAAGAUAUAAUUGACAUACAAUACGAUUGUUCAGAUGUAAUGAAUGAUUUAGGCUAUCGACUAACCAAUUAUCGUUCAAUCAAAUCGAAAUUCCAAACCAUUUUCGAGGUAGUUAAAUUUGAUUUUCCAUUGAAAAUUUAUUCACUGCAAUAAGAAAAAUAAAUUAACGAAUGCAAUAAAUUGAUGGAUGAUGGACUCAUGCUGAUGAUAUGACGACGGUAUGUGUGAUGUUGAUGGCGGCGGCCAGUUUUCAGUUGCGUUUCCUUAAAAUAAACCUGUUUAAAAGAAAAUGAAAUCAUGGCAAACACCCUAUAAUGUAUACUUUUCUUUCUACAUAUGCUUGUAUAUAUGAAAUACUUAAAUGUCAAUAUUCUUUUAAAUACCAAUUCAAGUUUAUUAUCAACAUGGUUUCCAGUUACGAAUGAAUGAAACAAAAACAAAUAUUUGUUGUAACAAAAAAAAAAUUC